AUGGCCCCAUUCGCAGUCGCAUCGACAGCCACACUGGCUUCUGUCUCUCAGCAGCAGCAGGAGCAACAGCCGCCACCGCCAGGCCUACAGGAGGCCACGAAGAACUCGACACUCGCGUGGCAGCGCGAUCUCGAAUCGCUGUUCCACCACGCCAAGGACCGCUUCCCUGACGUCGUCUGGGAGCUCGUAGGGAGCGAGGAGGAGGAUAGCAGAAUGCUAGAGGAGGUAUGGGGUCACAAAGCGAUUGUAUAUGCGCGUGCACCGCCUAGCUUCCAGAAUCGAUAUUUCACGUUUCGCCCGAACGGCGGCGCGCUAUCGCCUGCGCCGUACUCAUCGUCGCCGUCAUACCCCAUCGGCGACUCGGCGCUUUCUCUAGGCCUCGAGUCAUCCAUCAACCUCGCGCUCGAACGGCGUUCGCCAUCACCUUCUGCUUCCACGUCCCUUGCACACCAUAAUAACCACAGCAGCUAUACCACGACGCAGACACCCGGCAGCAACACGACACUGCUGCGCCUGACGACCAACAUUAACCCGUCGCUCUUCUCAGAUGAGCUGGAGUACCUGUACACAGGCAAAGGCUUCGGUGAGGCAUUCGAGUUUCUCUUCGACACCGCCGACUCGCGCGAGACGCCGCGUCCAGCACCCGGCACGCUCUCCGCGGACGGGCUGAGCCCCGACGAUCCCGAAUCCCUGCGCAUCGACAAGCUCCGCAAGGACCUCGUGUUCAUGUGGCGCUCGCGAUUGUACUCCGAUGUGCGGAUCGCGCUCACGGGCAACUUUGGCGGCUCGCACAGCGCGCAGGGCGAAAACACCACCGCGAUCUUCUCGUCGCACCGCUUCAUCCUCGUCUCGCGCUCGCCGUACUUCCACACCGCGCUCAUUGGCUGGCCGCUUGCGAAAGCGGUUGCUAGUGGGGGUGGCGAACCUCCAACGCUCACGCUGCCGUCGCCGCCGUUCACGCCUGCGUCGUUGCACUUUACACUGGGGUUUAUAUACACCGGCACACUCAUCUUCUCGCAUCGGUCGUACGACCUCGCUACCGCGCUCUCCCUCCUGCAAUCGGCGAUGUACCUCUCGCUCCCGACGCUGCAUGAUGAGGUGCAGGCGCGCAUUGUACAAGAGAUGUGUCAUGGGCUGUUCCACGCGUUUAUACCGUUUGCGGCGUACGAGGCGCUUACGCAGGGAAGAUGGGGGACGGGCGGGUGUCGGUGCAGGCAGUGCGCUAGGAGAGCGCCGCGCGUGCUCGAAUUCGCUGUACGCGAGGAUGUGCGGAACACGUGUCUGGAGAGGGGCGCGCGGCGGGCGUUGGUGGGUAUGUUCGGCGAAGGGUGGUGCACGGCAGAGUUCGGGAACAUGAUGCCGCCGAAACUGCGCGAGUCGCUCUUGCGCGGCCUGGCGAAGCGGACGACGCCGGAGAACGCGUUCCCGCUGCUCUUUGCGGCUGAGCAUGCGCUGAGGAAGAUUGGGAGUGUGAUUGAGCCCUGGGCGGAUGUGGUGAGGGAGAUGCUGCUUGCGGGACGUAAGGGCGUGGAUGAGGUGCUGGCGAGGGAGAGCGAGCGGUGUUUUGAGGCGGAGGAGUGGAUGGAGAUUAUGCAGAGCGGGGGAGUGCGCUUUGAGGAUGGCGAGCGUGUUGAGUGGGCGAUGGCGGCUGUUUUGAGAGGUGUGAAGGAGCCGUAUGCUGCAGCGCUGUAUCAGACGCUCGUCUCGUCCAUCCUUCUGCGCCCGCAUCCGACGGAUGUGACGGCGCCCAUGCUGCCCGUGACGUCCCACGUACAUGUGCAGGUCGAGCAGACGCGCGUCGAGUUGCUGCGAUGGAUAGGAAAGCACUGGCUUGAAGUGCGCAUGGAGAAAGGGUUUGAUGUGCUUGAAGGAUGGGCGUUGAAGGAGAUCAGCGAUCACAUCGAAGUACCCAUCGACGACCUUCUCUCACCGCCAUCGUACACAUCCAACAAGGGUCUCUCGCCCUCCCCCUCUUCGCCCUCACUCUCCGGGUCGAUGACAGGCUCGCCAUCGAACCUCAAACGCGCCGGUGCACAUGCGAAAGCGGGACAGCGCCACGGGCACCACGGGCACCACCACCUCCGCCCGAUAUCGAACCACCCGCACACGUCCAAGGUGGACGCGGAGAGCGACGCGGCGAGCAGUAUGCGCGUCAGCGUGCUCAGUCGGAGUGUUGCGGGGAGUGUAUCUGGGUCCGGGUCUAGAGCCGGUGCGGGCGGGGGAGUAGGGAGCAGUAGUCGAGGGAGUGUGGCGUCGUCUGUGCGUUCCGGGCGCGAGAGGGACAGGGAGAGGGAGGAGGAGAGGGGAUCGAUGCUCUCGCCUUCGAGGAGCAACGCGAGUGUGCGGAGUAGUGCUGCUAGCACGCAUUCUGUUGCGAGCUUUGCGAGUGCCAGUACGAUUUCGGCGCCGAGGCAGGGAGGCGGUUCUGGGACUGUUACCCGUGCGAAGAGGGCUGGGGCUGGGGCUGGGACUGGUAAUGGGGAGAAAAUGUCCCCGGCGAAAAGGAUUGCGUCUGAGGUGCGUGCUGCACAUGCUGGUGCUGGUGUUGGUGUGCGCCGGACGCCGGAGAAAGACAAGGAGAGGGAGAGGGAGAGGGAGAGGCCGGAUUCGAAGCUUACACCGUCGAUUGUGGAACCUGAUGGUGUAGGUGCGGAUAGCGAUAUAUAUCUCACGGAUGAGUACGCUGAAAACGACGGUGAUGGUGGUGAAGGUGAAGGUGAUGAGCAGAGUGUGUUGGAGGGUGAGGAUGAUAGGGAGAGGGAGAGUGUGUUGGAUCAGGAGGAGGAAGAUGGUGGUGAGGGCGAGGAGGAUGAGGAUGAAGAUGAUACGGUCAGCUUUAGAACGGGUACGGAGAUGGAGCAGGAGAACGAGGAAGGCCAGGAGCAGGAACACGAACACGAACAGGAGCAGGAGCAAGACGACACGCAGAGUCUAGCGAGCGCCAGCGCCAGCGACGUCCCCUCCGUAUACCACACCCCGCGCGCAAGCACCGCACCCACAGCGCGCGCGCAGGCUCCCGCGUCUUCUGCUGCCACGCGCUCUGCGGCUGGGGUGAAAACGGUGAUAUCCAAACCGCGCUCGCUUGCUCCGUCUGUUCAAUCUUCUGCUCAGCGGUCGGUAUCAGGAUCAGUGCGCAAGACGGUCGUAUCGGGCUCGACGUCGUCUGUUAGGACAUCGCAGUACACGAGCGCCGCGUCCGCGUCGAGGCCCAGUUCAAGGGGCAGCUCGUAUAGUGUCACAUCACCGCGCACACCGCGGGUGUCGACGACGCGUGCGUCGCCUACUACUGCUACGUUCGGUGGUGCAGGGAAACCGACGUCGAGGCCUGUGUCGAGGGUGUCUACGCGCUCUGUGUCAGGUGGGAAUGGGAAUGCGGGGGCGGGAAAGGGGAAAGGUGCGAAUAGACCUGUGUCGACGGCGUCUACGGCGACUGCUACGGAAACGGACACGGGGAGCGCGAGCACGUAUCGCACCGCGCCUGCUUCUGGGUCGGGGUCAGGUAGUACUGCUGGGUUGGCGGUGCGCACGCGCCGGACGUCGGCGACGAGUACGGCUAGCGUGCGUACGGCUGGAGGAGGAGGAGGGAGGUCUGCGACGGGAUCGCCGGUGCAGAUGCGGGCGCGGCGGGUGUCGGGUGCGAGUGUGAGUUCUGUGGCGAGUAAUGCGAGUAGUGUGCGUGCUGGUGCUGGCGCCCCUGGUGCGACUAGGAGAACGCGUAGCGGUGCGGCUGCGGGGGCGGGGGCGGGUGGUACGCCGACGAAGCGCCAGGCGCAGGCGCAGGGUGUGUUGGAUCCGAGCAGGUUGAGUCCUGCUGUUGCUGUUGCUGUUGGAGUUGGGAGGGCGAAAAGUGCUGGGGCGCAGAUUCAGACGGCGUCUUCGGGACCUGGGUCUGGGUCUGUGGAUGCUAAAGACAAGGAAAAGGAGAAGGUUAUGGUGAAGAAGUUGAGUGUGGGUGCGGCGGGUGUGGGUGCUACGGCUGCGGCGCGGAGGUUGGCGCAUCAGAAGUCUGGGGAGAGUAUGCGGAGGCCUGGGGUUGGUGGGAAGGUGAAGGUGAAGGAUAAGGACAAGGAAUUGGAAUUGGAAAAUAGGGAGAAGGAGAAGGAUAUGGUGAAGGACAAUGUUCCUUCGUCGCCUGCUCCGUCUGUGCCGCCUGCGUUGCCUGAUAAAGAGAAGGAGAAGGAGAAAGAGAAAGGUGCAGGUGAGAGUGAGAAUGGGGAUGUAGAGUCUGUUAUCCCGCAACCUACAACAACUACCACCACCACCGAGGACGCACCACUCUCGUCGCUCCCUGAAAAUACAUCCAGCACAAUUACGAUCAAACCGAGAGCUAAAGUUCAUUCGGACGAUGGGAGUGUUAGUAGUAGUAGCAGCGGUGGGACAGGGACAGGGACAGGGUCGGGUAACGAGCAUAAAAAGACGAGCAGCUCGGCGUCGAGCUCGAGUGUUGCGACGCUUCGUAGGAAGGGAUCGAGCGAUACGAUCCGCACGGUCAAGUCGUCUGGACUUUCGUCGGUCGUUUCGGGUGCUCCUUCGUCUGAGAAGGAUAGGGAGAAGGAGAAGGAUGUGGAUGUGGAUGAAGGUAGGCCACGCUCGAAGGAGAUGCAGCUGCAGGCGAAGGGGUUGCCGACUUCACCACCGCUCCCGCCGCUCCCUCUCUCUGUCGACUCGCCAAGACCCAAGGCGUCGCCUUUGUUACCGUCUUCGAUGCCAGUUUCUUCUUCACUCACGCAUCCACCGUCUACAUCGUCCCUUUCACAUCCACCAUCCUCUUCUUCUCCCUCCCCUUCCCCACACGCACACGCACACGCACACUCACAACCACAACCACAACCACAACCACACUCACCAUCACCGCUACACCCAACCAAAAAAUCAUCAACGCUCACCAAUACCACCAACACCACCGCCUCCCUCAACAAACCGCUCUCAUCCAUCGACGCCCUCCUAGCAUCCGACGUGCCCACAGGCGCAACACUCGAGAUCGGCAUCCCGUGCAUCAUCUCGUCGAAGCGGAAAAGGUUUAAAGCGUAUGCGAGGUAUAUUGGCGAGGUGGUGGGGGAGAAGGGGGAGUGGGUUGGUGUGGAGGUGCCGGUGCCUGCGGGAGGUGUGGGUGGGAGUGGGGAUGGGUGGGGGGAUGGCUCUGGGUUUGGGAUUCCGGGGAGUGGGUUUAGCACCCACAGCGGACACGGACACGGACACGGACACGGACAUGGGCAGGGGAGCGGUGUACUGGAUAAAACGGGUGUUGUGGAUGAUAGACAGUGGAACGACGGGUCGUGGGGCGGAAUCCGAUAUUUCGAGAUUGGGGGUAUGCUCUCUGGCUCCGAAUUCGACUCUGGGAAUCCCACUUGGUACAGCGGCGGCGGCACAGACGAUCGUGCUGCGCGUCGUAGGCGACUAGAUGCGUCCAGCGGCUCUGCCAUGACUGCCUGGGGCACAGCCAGCACCGGCACCGGUGCGCUGAGAGGGGACCGCGAUCCGAAGAUGCAGGGAUUACUGAAGAGGGAAGGCGAUCAGCUGAGUAUUGCCUCGGAGAGGAUGAAGAGGGUGCGGAGUGUGAGUCCGGCUGUUUCGGAGAUGUCGGGGUCGGGGGCGGAGUCGAGGGGGUUGUUUGUGAGGCCGCAGCAGGUGCUGUAUGUUGUGGAUGCUGUUGGUGCGGAUUUGUGA